CUCACGCGCCUCGUGGUCACGUGGGCCGGUUUUUUUUGUUGUUUGGCGACAAUGGCGGAAGAGACGGAGGCGCUUCUGGGUGCCGGCGAUGGCGGCAACGAAAUCGGCAGCGGCGGUGCCGAUGGCGGCGACGACGACGAGGCGGCGCUUUCCGGCUGCGGCGCCUCGCCGCUGUGCAACCCGCGGCGCACGCCCCACCGCUUCGUGGUCCUCGUCUUCAUGUGCUUCCUGGGCUUCGGAAGCUACUUCUGUUAUGACAACCCAGCAGCCCUGCAGACGCAGGUUAUGCAGGACAUGAAAGUGAACACAGCCUCCUUCAUGCAGCUCUAUGCCUGGUAUUCGUGGCCCAACGUGAUUCUCUGCUUCUUCGGAGGCUUCCUCAUUGACCGCGUUUUUGGGGUCAGGCUUGGAACAAUUAUUUUUGGCCUCUUUGUCUUCAUUGGCCAGAUCAUCGUUGCUGUCGGAGCGUUUACCAAUGCGUACUGGCUCAUGGAGCUGGGAAGAUUUAUCUUUGGUAUCGGCGGGGAGUCUCUGGCUGUGGCUCAAAACACGUACGCGGUGAACUGGUUCAAAGGCAAGGAGCUUAACCUGGUGUUUGGUCUGCAGCUCAGCAUGGCUCGAUUGGGAAGUACAGUGAACAUGAAUGUGAUGGGCAUUCUGUACAACAAAGUGGCGCAAACAUUUGGGUCGGGUCACUCCUGCCUGGGCAUCUCUCUCAUGAUCGCGUCAAUCACCUGCCUCUUCUCGCUGGUGUGUGCGCUCAUCCUGGGUUUCCUGGACAAGCGUGCCGAAAAAAUCCUGCACAAGGAGCAAGGCAAAACAGGAGAGGUGGUGAGGCUGACCGACGUCAAGGACUUCCCAGCAUCGCUCUGGAUGAUCUUCAUGGUGUGCGUCGGAUAUUACGUGGCAGUUUUCCCAUUCAUCGGCCUGGGGAAAGUUUUCUUUGAAGAGAAGUUUGGCUUCAGUGCCCCCAGCGCAGGAGCAGUUAACAGCAUUGUGUACGUCAUUUCGGCCCCCGCGUCCCCCGUGCUGGGGUUCAUGGUGGAUCGCGUGGGCAAGAACAUCCUGUGGGUGCUCAUGGCCGUGUUGGCCACGCUGGGAGCUCACCUCAUGCUCGCCUUCACCUUCUGGAAUCCUUGGAUCCCAAUGAGCCUGAUGGGAGUGGCGUAUUCCCUACUGGCAUGUGCGCUGUGGCCAAUGGUGUCGUUUCUCGUGCCGGAGCACCAGCUUGGGACAGCCUAUGGAUUCAUGCAGUCCAUACAGAACCUGGGGCUGGCGGUGAUUUCCAUUGCUGCCGGCUCCAUCCUGGACUCGAGCGGAUACCUCUUCCUGGAGCUCUUCUUCUGCAUCUGCUUGUGCUUUGCCUUGAUCGCCACUGUUCUACUUUACCUGAUCGACCUGAUCAGAGACGGCGGCCUCAACCUCUCCUCCAGGGAAAGAGACAAGAAACGAGAGCUCGAAGCAGCUGAGGCGAGGAGGGCAGAGCUCCGACGACGUGAGAGCCAGAGGGAUCUGACACGCCUGGGUCCUCGCUCUGCAUUUGCGCUACGCAACCGUUACCUGUGCAGGCUGGGUGCCCAGCUUCCAGCUCACUACAGCCUGCAGUUGUCUUCCCUGGCUUGUCGGAGCGUGCUGAAGUAAGGAGCUUCCUUACCGUCGGAACAAGCAGCCGGGUCUUGCCAUCUGCCAAAGCAACGGUCAAUGCACGGGCACUGCCCAUUUGGGACUUCAGUAAGAACUGAAGUUGCAGCGUCACCAUGAACCACUGAACAGCCAUGUCAGUGUCGUCACCAUUUUUCGGUGAAAGUAGAACCUGGAUACAAGCACAAUUCCUUGGGAGCAAGGAGAGGUGUUGCUUAUAUCUGAAGUAGCGAUCUUGUGUCAGACAUUGCCGUUGACCUUUCACGCUCACUAGUGUACCGGUAGGCAUGCGGUGGCUCGUAUCAGAAGUGUGCUUAUGUCCAGAUUCUACUGCACAUAAGAGCUUGAAUUUGCUUGUGAAUUGUUUACAGUUGUGGUCUGUUGAACUGUGAAAUUCGGAUGGACACAGGGUGUGGGGUUGUCGUCGGCGCUCGAUUAUUCUGGGGUAAUGGGGGUGGGGCAAGGGACGGCUUGAACAAAACAAAAAGACGGGGGAUGAAAAACAUUUCAAGUUGUAAAAAAAAAAAGUAAUUGACUUGGAAACGGGGGGUGGUGACAAUAUGGCAUGUCUUUUGUUUUUGUUGCUUACUAAAUGAAUUACUAAUAUACCGACACGUUUGAGGAGUUGGCAUGAAGUUGCCCACCUCGUUUGCGUGAGAAGUAGCCAAAAAGCAGCGAGAGCGUGCCCACAGUGCGUGGUUAAUCCCCACUCCCGGAUAAUCCGCUAAUCUGCCCACGGGACAAUCGAGAAGAGUUAACGUUUACUCCGUCAUGGAGUGGAGUACUAAAUGCUUUGAAUGUCUCUCAAUGCAAUUGCAGGGUGGUGACGUGUGUACGGACGUUUGUGCAACUCUGACAAACACGGUUGCCGACAGAUUAUAUUCUUUGUUGCUGGAGUGCAAUGAACACAAGUAUUUAUGUCCAUAAGAGGGUUUAAAAAAAUUUUUUGGGUUGGAUCACGUAAAUAUAAAUCACGUUAAACCCGCCUCCGCGCGACACAGCAAAUGAGUAAGGUUUGUCACGUAAACAAAACGUGCCAAUUUACCACCACUCCAGUACACUGGUGUGUUGGAGAGCAAAUAAAAAAUGUUGUGGAAUUACUCUCCAACACACCAGUGUGCUGUUGCAACCCUAAAAAAACCCCCUUAUGGAUAAUAUUGGUCGCGAAAGCCUGUGUGUUAAGUAUUUCUGCUGCGUUGGCAUAGUUUACUUUGUCAUGGGGUUUUUUUAUUACAUAAGCUAAGCUUUAGACUUGUUUGACUCAAUCACUUCAUAGUAGACACUCGCAGUGAAUCGACUGCCAUAUUGCCUCCUGUGGUGCUGCCUACACUGGCGUUUUCACCAAAGUAUUUAAAAAUCACACCCUGAACUCUCACGACACGAUAGGUGCUGUUGGGUAUGCAACAAUGCAUUAAUUAAAUCGACAAUUUUAGAUGUGAUUUCUCGUGCAUAGUGUGAAUUGGGUUUCCCCAUUUAUCCUAAACAUAUAAAACGUAUUCGGCCUAGGAACAAAAAUCACAGAGAAUGCGCCCAAUUUCACCAGAUCUCGGAAGUUAAGCACAGCUGAGCCUGAAAGAGUGUUUGAAUGGGUGACCACCACUCAUCUCUAAAACAGCUGCUGCAGCCUGUUGUGGGGGGCUAUGUUGUGUGCAGCAGAGGGGGUCCCUGCCGCCAAAUCCGUUGUACUGUACUAUGCUCCAACGUCCAUGCUCCCCCCCCCCCACUUGACCAGGCAUGGUAAACAACCCCCACGAGCCACGCACAAGUGGGGUGACCAUCGUUAAAAUAACUGUGCUUGAUAAAAAAAAAAUAUUUGCUAAUCUUAUUUACACAAGGUGUCUGAAACAUCUCUACAGAACCAGAGAACGAAAAAUUUGCGUAAAUUAAAAGAUGCAAACUGAGACGAAAAUAAUAACGUUGACUACGCUAUACACUUUGAAACGUCGCCCCCGAAUCCACGAUUCAACGCAUGGCUGAGCGCAGUGAAUUGUUGCACGCCUCUGUUUUUUUAUUGCCACGGAGCAAACACUGCAAGGGUCGAACACCUUUAUAGACAUGGCAUGACAACAGUAAUCGGUGCGAAUACAAGCCUUGUAAUUCACCUCUUUACACAUACAUUUCAUGGGUGUUUGUUUACUUGCUGAUCGUUGUCAAGCGUUAGUAACCAAGUACAGCGCGCGUCCCCGGAAGACCAGGCUAAUCCACUUCGUCCAUUCGUUAACAAAACUCCCGUUAUUACCAUGACUUCUAUAUUUCUAUUGCUUACAUUACAAACGACAAUAGCAAGACAAAAGGGAGGUAGACAAAAAAGACAUUUGAAACCACAGGAAAGCUACGAGACAAUUCUGGAAUGCACAAAACCCGACGCCGCUGGGCCUGCACUGCUGCCCCGUGUGCUGUUCCCACGCGGCGUGGGCGACGAAGCAAACUCGACACGUUCGUCAGUAACGGUGGCCCUAAAUAGAAAAAUUAGAUAACAGGUGACGGUGUUGUGCAAUGGGUCCUUCACAGCACGUAUCUAUGUCUAUAUCGCGUUGUCUCCAACUCCUCUAACCGGCCUACAUGCUGCGAAGGGCCAUUAAUGGACGUCUGUGAAAGAGCUUCACAGCUCAUCAGAUUCUUCCAGUCUAAAUGAAGGCCACGCUCCUAUCGACGAAUGUUGAGCUUUUGUUUUUCUUACCUCUGCUUGUGCACCAAUUGUCAAAGGCAGCGUCGCUAAAUAAUUAGUUUUAAGAGGGAGAGAGACAGCGUCGCUUUGCGUGCUGUUCGGCAUUUGAGCAAGUGCAACUUAACAAAAACGCUACUCUUUAAAUGUGGUUCUUUGUCCCCACGAAAGCGCCGCUGCCUUAUGCAGGACACGGUAUUAGCCGUGCACCCUGUUUCGAGGGCACGACUGUGCAGCCAUUCAUUUGGAGAGUGCGCUGCCUCAGAAACAGCUUCACAACCCCGCAGUCUUUUGACGUGCCCAGAGAGGACUGUGUAAUGCAGCACGUUGUGACGGUAGCUUAUGCGCACUGGAGUUUGCAAUGUUUUAAUAUUUCAAAAUAAUUAUGUAUUGUAGUGUUUCUCGUUUUACAGUUUUUGAAAAAUAAAGUUUGAGAUUAGACAAAAUAA